AUGAAUUGGUUUACAAAUUAUUUUUAUGGAAAUCAAAACAAUAAUAUCAAUGUUGAGGAAGUUGAAAAACAAUUUUAUUUAAUUGGGGAUGAUAGUGAUGAUUCCUUAGUUAAAGUAAUUGUUUCUUUGGAUGGUGGUGGUAUGAGAGGUUAUUUAACAAUUUUAUUAUUAAAAGAGAUCCAAGAAUUAUUAGAAAAAGAUUUAGGUAUAACAUGUCAUAUUAUAGCAGGUACCAGUACCGGUGGUAUUUUGGCUUAUUCAAAAUUAUAUGAUGUUAGUAAUGAUGAAUUAUUGGAUAUGUAUAGAAAAUUUGGAAAAAAAAUAUUUCCAUCAUCUGCAAUGGAUGUAAUGCAUAAUAUCAUUUCAGAAGGAACUUUGUUUAGCACAAAAGAAUUAAUAAAAUCAUUAAAGGAUAAUUUUGCAGGUAGAGAUAUGUCACAUCGUAAAGGAUUUGUAGUCACUGUAGCAGAAGAUAAGUGCAGCCAUGAAAAGAGCGCCAAAGUAUUUGCAAACUAUGAAAAUCCAUCAACACAUUUACACGAUGACAGUAAUGUCGACGUAGUCGAUAUUCUUCGUUCAACUGCUGGAAUUCCAGGUCUUUUCAAUCAAUAUGAAAACAGUAAAUAUAUAUAUUACGAUGGUGGUUUCCAGUACAACUGUAAUUUACCAAUCGCAUUAAUAGAGGCCAAAGCAUUAUAUCCAAAUAAAAAACUACUUUUCAUUUCAUUGGGUACCGGAUACCAAAAAUCAGAGCGUGUCCAAUACCAUUUCACAAACGAUCAAACUGACAGCAAAGUUGAGCGUUUCAUAAACUCUUUAAAUUCUCAAGGAAAGCCCUUUUUACGUUCUCAACAAAUGGUUGGUAGCAUUUUCGACCUAACUAAAAACCUAUACCGUCUCUAUAAAGAAUACUUAAAGAUGCCAAAGACAUCAGAAAUCCUCAGUAAAUUCUUGUUGGAUCACCGUGACGAUCCUGAUAUUUUUACAUAUCGUUUCGAUUGCCAAUUAGAAUUCCCAAUUAAUCUUCAUGACUCUUCUGAUAAAGCUGCUGAAGAAAUGGAAAGAUCUGUUAAAGAUUAUGUAAAUGACCCAAAUAAUAAUUUCAAAAAAUCACUUUCAAAUAUUAAAAAAUUAAUUGACUUAAAGCAAUAA